UACUUUGUUGUUUUGAUUUGUUCGCGCAGUAGGCAUGGAAGUUAAAUUGGGUGAUAUCGAGCGUGUAGCCUAGUAGUGCUAGUAGUAGGCGUAUAUUUUAACGUGCUUAGAUUUGUUGUUUUGGCAGAUUAUCAAUCAAGAUGUCGUCCCAAGAUGUGAUUAAGUCAACUGCAAAAAAAUUAAAAUACUACAUGGAAGUGAAGAGACUUGAAGAUGCAUUUGAUUUGUCAGGUCCAAACCAUCCCCAAAGGCAUUAUCCUCAACUGAAACCGAGGCCCACAUUAAUGUAUGAUGGUCUACAUGACAGAGCCUUAAAGCAUUACUUCCGUGAAACUCGCGUACGUCGGCAGCUGAAUCACAUGACUUGCAGGCCACACACAAAAAGAGAAGCAGAUGUGAGGAAAGAAGUUGAUAAGUAUAUGCAAAAUUCAAAUUAUUCUAGUCCUCACACAAAUGUUAUGAAAGCGAGGGCAUUUCCAAAAAAACGAUGGGGCAACUUCAAGGGUGGCUCUGUAUUGAUGAGGUCACGACAUGGUCCUAUGUUAUCACAAGGCGAAGCAACAAGACUGGUGAAUAAUGCUACAAGACUACUGGUGGCAACUGAAACAGUUCCCUUGGAAAAUAUGAAUGAAUCAAAAUAUUCAGCUAAAGUUUAUAGAAUGAACAGUAACAGGAGCAGUCUACCUAGUAUAACUGGGUAUGAAGAACCAAAGAGAAAGUCACCAACAAGGCCCAAAUCUUCAUAUGGAAUACGACGACAAAACAUGAAUGGUAAUCAUAAAGUUGUACGUCCCAAAUCAGCUCUUGGUCUAACUGACAAAAGGCAGCCUAGCUCAGCUCGAUUUGGUUAUGAUGUCGCAGGCAGGAAGAUCCGUCUUGCUAAGAAGACACCUCAAUAUUAUGAUGCUUCUGAAUCAUCAGAUGCAUUUGAUCAAUCCGAUGAUGAACCAAUGAACAUCUUCAUACCAGUCAAUCAGGCAGCAAUAAGUCAAGCUAAUUCAUUCAAUCAGAAUCCAGAAUGGUUGAGCAUUCAGAUGUCACAGGUCAGUGUUGAUGAUGAAGAGGAAGAGGAGCCUGAAGCAGUGACAGCUAAACCAGAUAAUCCAAACCUCUACAGUAUUGAUAACACCACACAGACUGGUUGUGAAAUCAGUACACAGACCGUCGAGAAAGAAAAUUCCAAGGACACGCAGACACGCCAUGCAAACAGCGAAGAAUGCAUGACAGAUCCAUAUCAAGCAGACAUGGCCGUUCAAACUAAGCCGCCUCCUGUUACAUCAUCAACCCAGACUAAACCCCCACCUCCUACAAUUGCAACGCAGACCAUACCUCCCCCACCAACAAUAUCCACCCAAACAAAUCCGAUCCCACCAACUAUAUCCACGCAAACAAUGCCUGAAAUGGCGACGCAAACACAGUUAGAGAUGUCCACACAGACCAUGAUUUCUGCCGAGGUGCAAACGCCACCUAAUCAAGGGACGCAAACAGCGCCACCAUCCCCAGAAAUAGGGAUACAGGUUGAUCCUCCACCUGAGGAAGAUGAUUACGAACACAUGAAGCACGGGCCUAGGCUCAAAUCUGGACGUAGGUCUAUAUAUGAGUUGGCCAUACACACAGGUGACCGUCUUGGUGCCGACACACAUGCAGAUGUGUUUAUAACCUUGUUUGGUGAGAACGGCAACACAGGAAAAAUAAAACUAAAGCAGCCUAGGGAGACCAGUCAGAACACAAAAGCCAAAUUUCAAAGAGGACAGGUUGAUAUGUUCAGAGUUGAGUCAUUUUAUGUUGGUAAAUUGGAAUGUGUUGAGAUUGGUCAUGACAGGAAGGAGUUAGGCUGUGCUUGGUUUUUGGAGAAGGUUCAUGUAAAGGAGUACCAGGAUGACGUCACCUAUGAAUUCCUAUGUGAAAAGUGGUUGUCAGCUCAAGAUGAUGAUGGCAAAACAGCUAGAACUUUACCUGUUGGUAACAUCACCAUGGACGUAUCAUCUGAUUCUGAGACUGACUCCCAGCACAGUUACGUGGAAAGUAGCCCUGACAGUGAAGCUUACCCAAAUCAAGAACCCCACCAUAGGAGGAUGAUCAUUGUUGAAAAUGCAAGUACAGGUUAUGACAGUGAUGGCAGUAAAGGGAGUCAUAAUAGUCAAGCUACACGUAGUAGCAGUGGAACUUCUUCGAGUGAGACUGAUAGUGAGAGUGAGAGUGAUGGUGAGGAUAAGUUUGACACAAUGCAACAGAACAAUAGGAGAGACAGUGAUGACAGUGACAGCACUGAAGAGAGUAGUGACAGUGAUAGCGAGAGUGAUGAAGAAGAACAACAAACAAAGCAAUACAACUCUAGAAACAACCAAGACCAAAGAGGGCAGCAUAACAGAAGUAGUUCUGAUGGGCAUGGUAAACAUCAUGGCAGUGGUGGUCAGUCCGAUAAUCAACCAGUUGAAGGGACCUCAUAUCAAGGUGACUCUUUGUCUCAUCCAAGACCAUUAAAGAGCAUUCAGGAAGUAUCGGAGGAUGGUCAGCUCAACCACAGCCCACCCUCUGGUGACAUGGAACGUCAAAAAAAGAAUUACAUGGCAGGAUUUGAGGCUGGAGUGCUUGCACGUAAAGAAAGAGAACAGAAGAAAAUGGAAGAGGAGGAAGGAAAAAAGGAGGAAGAAAGGCAGAAAGAAGCAGCACUGCUUUCUGGUGAUACUAUUCAUGAGUGCUGUAAGAAAGGGAACCUGGCAAGAGUCAAGCAGUUAAUCCAACUCAAACCAGAUCUCAAAGAGCUUACAGAUGAGCGAGGAUUUACACCACUAUUAACUGCUUCCGCAAGUGGUCAACUAAAUGUGGUGAAGUUCUUGACCAUCUCUGAUGCGGACAUUAACAAGGAAACGCCAACAGGCUACACCUGUCUACAUCUGGCUGCUAUUAAUGGUUAUGUGAAUGUGAUGAUGGUCCUUACUGCCAUGGGCAUGUCAGUAGGUGCCCGUACAGUGGACCGUCAGACACCGCUGCAUCUAGCUGCUAUGAGUGGACAUCUUGAAGCUUGUAAAUGGCUGGUAGCGAACCGUGCAAUGAUAGAUGUCAGGGACACCAGCGAUAGGACACCUCUCAUUCUCGCAGAGGAAUACGAUCAUGAAGACGUUCUCAGUUUCUUGAAGUCUUGUCAUAGUGAAUUGAAGAAACAAGACAGCUCACUGAGUUUGCUUAGAACAAAAUCAGGGACGGACUCUGAUGCUCUCUCAGAUGGUCAGACUUCUGAAUCAUGGUCUGCAAGUCCAAGGAAAUCCACCACUCCAUCCACCACCCCAUCCAUAACAUCAAGUAAGAAGAAGCAGAAGGAAGAAAUAGAAAUUCUACUUAAACGACAGACGUCUUUUCAACAGCAACAGGCAAGCAUGAGUUCUUCAGGCAUGAGUUUUCUCGACAGCAUCCGCAAUGAGUACAACGACACCUCACCACUAGCUUGAGCACACUGAUGCUAUUAACUUGUGUACAAAUGCAUUGUACAGCUAUCUUUACUAGAGUGGCAGCACAAUACUUGUUUGAGACACUCAACCAUUGGCCUGAUCACAGUGAGACCACAACAACUUGAGUACAGUGCUAAAAGCUUGAGUCAGCAGUGUUAGACUACUAGUUUAAGUACUGACACUGCACCACUAUCCUGAAUACAGGGACUCCACAUUCCUAUCUGGAGUACAAUGCUAAAAUUCGGUACAGCAGUGUUACGCCACUAGUACAUACACUACGCCACUGGCCUGAAGAUAGUGACACCGCACCCUUAGCUUGAGUGCAGCACCACAAGCAUGAGGCAAGCAACAUUAUGUCACUAGCUUGAGAUCAGGGACACUAUGCUUUGUGUAUAACCUAAAGCUACUCUCUGCUCAGGAACAGCGACAAAACCAACUGAAAAAGGAUAAUAGCUACGUGAAACAAUUAUGCAAAAAAUGGCCUGUGCAUCAUGUUAAGACUGAUUCAAAACAUGAGUCGCAACACCAGAAGAAAACUAAGACUGAUUUAUGAAAAGGCCUUAUAUACCGGGCCAUCACUGAACUGGUUUACCCCUAAAAAUACCAUUCAUUACAAUAAGUAUUUACCAAGUACAGUAGCUCCAUAACAACCUAAUAUUUCAUGUGUAUUCAUCUUGUACUUAGUGUGUGAGUGGAUCUUAUCUCAAUGUGUGUGUUGAUCUUUUUCUUAGUGUGUGUGAUCUUGUAGUAAAGGUGUAAACAAGAAUAUUAUGUACUGUACUGGUAUUUUAUUAUUGUACUCAUAACAAAAAAAAAGAAGAUAUAUAAUAAAUGUUCAGUGAAACGAUUUUUAAAACAUUUUCAAGGUGGUAGUCUUCAGUGGAUAAAUGAGUUUUAACUGUCUAUUUAGAUUCAAGAGAAAACCUAAAAGUUGAAUGAAAAUUUUGGUCAAUAAUUCUACCCUCAGUUAUAAACUCGGAACAGACAAAAAUUUACAAGACUACAUUUGUGGUUUUUAACCUCAAAGCUACACUUGCUUUCUAUAAUUCUAAUGAACCAUUUUGGUUAAAUUAUGUGUGCGUAGCUCAAACAAUUCUCAAAUUAUCAUCUUGUAGUAUUUGUUUACACCACCUAUUCCAAUUAAUAAUAAUAAACCAUAGGCUUAUAAGACUGUAUGUAAUUGUCUGAAAAAAAAAAUUGACCAAAAUGAAGUUAAAUCUAAACUUCUUUUUAUCAGAGUGGUAUGGUAUUGAGUAUAAAAAAAACUAGGUGCCCUGCGAACAGGUAAAGCCUGUACAUAGUAACCAUAUUUGUUGGUGCCACAACCACCAUAAAUAAUAUAUUGCUACCACCGUAUUAAACUUAGUGCUAACACAACUAUGUUUACAUUGGUGCUACCACCUCCUAUAAACUAUCCAUAUUGAUUAUUGUGCCACCUGUAAUUAGGUCGAGAGUUUAUGAAUUUAUUAACAAAUAAAAGACAAAGUAAAUCAUCCAAAGAUUUUGUUGUGAUAAAACAUGAAGUGGGUUCUAAUUCAAUUGAGUGUGAAGAGAUAUAUUUUAUUAACAUGGUUUGUAUCUUGCUGUAAUCUCAGCUUUUUAAAAUAUUUUUAAUGUAUUAAGCUAAUAGAAGCUGUAUAUGUUGCAUUUUAUAAGUAAUUAUUAUCAUCGUUAUCAUUUACUAUAGAUGUUGUUGUUGCUGUUAUUAUCAUAAACAUUGUUGUCAUCAUCUUUAUUAUUAUUGUUGCUGUUGUUUAUAUUAUUCUAUUAUAAUAUAAGUUCUAAACUAUUAUUUUAAUUCAAAUAUUUUUUGAUUUUCUCAGAUUUUAUACCUCAAUUUUAACUGUCAAUACUAGUAUUUAAUUUUGUACUGUUUCUAAAUUGCUGUUUAUUAUAAUAAAUAUUUUAUGUCUAUGAUUAUUUUCAUAAUUUUGAUUCAACAAGCUUUUUAAAGCAACCUGAUGUAAUAGUAUAAAUUUGUAUACAUCUUGAUUUAUUAAAUAAAUAAAUUUCUAUUGUCUCUUUAAAUCAUGAAUUGCAUGAAUUAUAAGCUUAGUAUAUAUAGAUAAAAUGCAUUUUAGAAACCAAAGAAAGAAAUAUCAGAAAAAAAGUAUUUUUUAACAGUAUCAUGAAAUAUAUAUAUAUAUAUUUUUUUUUUGUCUUUCGUGGGUGCAUCCCACCUUUAUUUCAACCAUCGCAGAAUAAUUUUUUGGCCAAUUUUUGUCAAUGAAUUAUAGAGUCAAUAUAAUUUUUUUCCCACCAGGAAUAUUAAUUUUUUCACAAUGUAUUGCAAAGUAUGCAAUGAAUAAUCGUAAGUUACAUGAGGGUUAUUUAUGUAUGGAGAUAAUAAAUACAGAUAAUAAUAUUUGAGAUAAACAUUAUUCCCUAUCGGGAUCCAAACCAAGACCUUCCGGUUACUGUUCGAAUAUGAUACGCAUUCACAUAUUUAUAAUACUGUAUAUAUCUACACAUACAAACAGACAUUAUACACAUAUUAAAUGUAUGCAAGUACUCAAACUCUCUUUAUGUAAAGAAGUAUGGUAAUAUAUGUACAUUUGAACUGUUAAAUAUAUAAAUAUACUUCAAAUAGAUAUUAAACAAAAAUAUGAUAAAGUAAAUGAAUGAAUCAGUGUUGGGUAGAGAGGCUAUAAACCCAGUGGAGGCAUAGAAGCCUCCCUUUUCACCAAGACAUGUUAUUUUGAAAUGAUAAUUGUAAAAUAAUGAAACAGAUUGAAACAGAGUUAGAACAAUUGCACAUAGUGAUAAUAAAAUGGAAAACUGCAAGGUUAGGGUCCACACACGGUGCAAGUCCAAGACUAUCUUGGCUCUGUGUGUAUGUGAGACGCAUAAUUAGUUUUACAUUCAUUUGGUUUAUUCAUUGUGCAAAUAAGUUUAUGUAUUAUGAUAUGUUCCCGAUUUCGUGGUUUUGCAUCAAUUAAAGCUACAUAUUCAAUUAACACGUUUUUUUGGAAGUUGUGGAAUUUUUUCCUUUAUAUGCUUAAAGCUUGUUCCAACCAUGAUAUUAAUAAUUUUAAAAUUUGAGUCUAUCUAUGAUUUCUAUAAUAGAGGUUUCUUAUUGAAUUUAAUGAAUCUGUUAUUCCACAGCCUCUGUUUUUUAAUCUCACAGAUGCAGUGUGGUUCAGAAGAAUGUACAUUGUUAAAUUUUAUGCAAGAAUUUAGCAUAUUUUGAUAAAAUUUAGGCAUUUUAACAAACGUAUUAUGAUCUUCAUAACUAACUUCAGUCAUACAUAAGUUAUAAGGCAGAGGAUUUAGAAAGAAAGAUGGAAUAAAUUUCCACUUUCCUGGGUCAGGGUUUAGUAAUCGUUUAACCCAGCUUAAUUUAAGGGAUUCAACCAUUGAAUUGAAAUCAAUCAUCUUAAGACCACCCUUAGUAAUAUCUUGUAUGAUUGUAUUUCGUUUUAUUUUUUUCUUUUCUUUCUUUCCAUAAAAAGUUAUAUAAAUUAUUGUUAACCUCAGAAAUAAUGGAUUGUGGUAUAUCUAUGACACUUGCGUUUCAAUUUUUAAACUCCUUGUCAUAUCCGAUGUAUACUCCAAGAAACUUUAUUGGUUCUUUGAUGAAGGUGAUAUCGCAAGGGUUACUCUUUUUAUUUACAUUGUACCCAAUCCACAUACCUUUGGUUUUAUUUUUAUUCAAAUUAUUAUUAUCUGCAUUUGUAUAUAAAGAACCCCUUACCAAAGAAAAAAUGUCCCUUUAAUAGUGUCCAUGUUGUUAAAAGGUAUACUUCCCUUCGUUUCAUGGCCGAAAAUGUGCCCACUUAAUCUUACGGUACUGUAUGGUUUACUCUAUGUAGUAUAUUAGCUUUAAACUGGAAAUUAGUAUUUAAUGGUGAUAGCUUAAGUGGUUUUUUAAAUGAGCAAUUCAAAUUUUUAUUAUAAUUUUUUUUUCAUUAUUUUUCUUAAUUUUUUAUUGUGCAGUAUAUCUAUCUUUAUAGGGAGUAAGAGUGAUUGGCAGAGUGGUUGUGUUUCAGUCUCUCAACCUCUGGGUCAGCCUGGUGGUUGAGCUUGUGUUCUUGAAAAAGGCACUUUACCUACGUUUGUGUCUCUUCACCCACGUGUAUAAAUGGUUCGUUCUGGUUAGGAAAAAGGCAGCGUGGAAAAGAACUGGCCACCGUACCACACAGUGAUGAUUGGCUAACUGCUCAUUCCCCUACAUUCAGUAAUGAAUACGGGAUCACCUUUAUAUCUAUCUUUAAAAGUGUUCUUAAAACAAAUAUAUUUAUAUUGCUAGAUAUGAGAGUUAAGUAGAUAAUAAGUAUGUAUUGUACAUUUCUAUACAUAAAUUUUUAUAUAUUGCUAUCGAUAUCUAGCUCUGCUGCAAUGAUGUAUUUGUGUUUAUGUGAAUAAACCAUUAUCUAUCUCUAUAAAUUUGCAUCUAAUUGCUAUAUAAAUUUGCAUAUAAAUUUUGCACUCUAACAAGGAUAGCGUAUGUUGCAGUGAGUAAUUUUUUAAAAUUUUGUUUUGAAUGAAUAUGAUACAAAGGAAAAGUUUGAUGUUAUGGCCAGGGUAAUUCCAGCUGUGCUCAUUUUGUCAGCUGUUUUGUUUUUGGAAGAACCAUUGUUUCCUGUAAGUUUUUCAACACCGAGAAGUGUGUCUGUAUAAUUACUUCUCAUCUACAGAACUUGCAUGUUAAUGUGUGGGUCAUGAGUUCAUACAAAGUUAUUGGUAGAUAAUAUCGGAUACAAUUUUUUGAAAUAUAGCAAUACAAUUGUUGCACUUGAUUGCGUGAUGAAGGUCAUGCACUCUUUUUUAAGUUGUAUACUGCAUUGGUCCAAUUUGUGGACAGCACUAUAUAGAAUUUAAGGUACAGUACUACCGUAGAACCUCAAAUUGAAGCAUGGGUUUCUGUUCGAAAUGGGCUUCUUUUCGAGAUGGGUUUCUUUCCGAGGCUACUUUUGCAAAGUGAAGAAGGGGCCACUGUAACAUCAAUUUGUGUCAUUGAGUGUAUUAACCGGCAUUAAAUCACCUUGUAUAAACCAAGCAUGUAUUUAAUUUUAUAACAGGAUCAUAGUGUAAAACAGUUUAUCUCUGAUUAUGUUAUCCUGUAAAAAAAUGUUUUUAAAUAGAUAAAUAAUUUUUUUUGUUUCUUUGAAAAAAGGGCGCUUUGUAUUACUGAAAGGAAAGGGGCUAAUGUUCACUUAUAAUAUGAUUUUAGAGGAACUUGUAAAACCUACCAUUUUUGUUUCAUUUUAAACAUGAAUACUACUACUAUUAUUAAGCCUAAUUAGGGAGUUCUAAUUUUUACUUCGAAUUUAAGUUGGGAUUACUUUUAUCAUUUUGAACAUGUAUGGUUUUUAAAUUAACCCAUUUCCAUCUAGGCCUACUUGUAUUGACUGUACUAUCUCCAAUAACACUAAGUUUACUUUCAUUUUUGCUGUUUCGUUCUACAGUGGUUGAAUAGUACUGUUGACAUCAUAUUAUUGGUGUUGCUAAUGAACAUAAGUCUUACGUUUUAGCGAUUUUGUCUUAUAGUUUUUGUUAUGUAAACCAUAGAUGUAAUAUACUUUUUUACUGUUAUGUAUAUUGAGACUACAUAGUGUAUAAAAUGUAGUUUUAUUAAAAUUAGUAUGACAGUAUUCACUUCA